GGUUUGCUUACAACCCCGUCCUCGUUCAUUCAUUCAUUCCUUCAUAUCUCUCACCACUUUCUCUCCACACGGCGGCGGUACCCCUUUUCCGAUCAAUGGCCGCCACUUUCUCUCCCGCCUUCCACACCAUCCUCCCAAACCCUAACCCUGUUUCCAAACACCCCCUUUCAUUUCUCCUUUCCCCCAAACCCAAACCCUAUCUAAACCUUUCCACAAACACCAGAUCUCCUCCCCUUCCACCGUCCGCCGUCACCGUCACGCCGUCUUCCCUCACCUCCGACCACCACUCACCACCUCUCCAAAACCUCUUAUUCGAAUUCACUUCCGUUUCCGACCCGAUUGAUCGUUUAAAGCUGCUUCUAAAUUACGCUAACCGCCUUCCGAAACUCGAUGAUUCGAUGAAAGUGAAUUCAAACCGCGUGAUGGGAUGUACGGCACAAGUAUGGUUAGUUGUGAAAAUGAAUUCGAAUGGAACGAUGUCGUUUUUAGCCGAUAGUGAUUCCGAGAUUACUAAAGGGUUCUGUGCUUGUUUGAUUUCGGUAUUAGACGGUUCGAAACCGGAGGAAGUGUUGGCCGUGAAACCGGACGAUUUGGGGGAAUUGUAUGUGGAUUCGAGGGUGAAUACUUGGCAUAAUGUGUUGAUUAGUAUGCAGAAAAAGACUAAAGCUAUUUUGGCUGAGAAACAGGGGAAGAGUUUCGGUGACCCUUUUCCGUCUUUGGUUAUUACGUCUGACGGUAUUUCCGCGAAAGGAAGCUUUGCAGAAGCGCAGGCAAGGUUUUUGUUUCCUGAUGAUGAAAAGGUUCAAGAGCUUGCCAGUUUGCUUAAGGAAAAGCAAAUUGGGGUUGUUGCACAUUUUUACAUGGAUCCAGAGGUGCAAGGUGUUCUAACUUCUGCACAGAAGCUUUGGCCUCACAUUCAUAUCUCUGACUCGUUGGUAAUGGCAGACAGUGCUGUUAGCAUGGCCAAAGCCGGAUGCAAAUUCAUUACUGUUUUAGGGGUAGAUUUUAUGUCAGAGAAUGUUCGUGCAAUUCUUGAUCAGGCAUGUUUCCCCGAGGUUGGUGUGUACCGGAUGUCUGAUGAACAGAUUAGCUGUUCACUUGCUGUUGCUGCAUCCAGUCCUGCGUAUAUAGAUUAUCUCUCUGAAGCUUCUAUCACUUCUCCUUCCUUGCAUGUUGUCUACAUAAAUACCUCAUUAGAAACGAAAGCUCAUGCACAUGAACUUGUGCCUACUAUAACAUGUACUUCUUCAAAUGUUGUGCAAACCAUUUUGCAGGCCUUUGCUGAAGUGCCUAACUUGAAUGUGUGGUAUGGUCCUGAUUCCUACAUGGGUGCAAAUAUCAUGGAAUUGUUUCAGCAAAUGAAAUUGAUGACAGAUGAAGAAAUAGCCAAGAUACAUCCGGAUCAUACUAGAAACUCAAUUAAGGCACUGAUACCCAGGCUCCGUUAUUUUCAGGAAGGAACAUGCAUUGUUCAUCAUCUCUUUGGGCAUGAAGUUGUAGAGAGAAUUAAUGACAUGUAUUGUGAUGCAUUUCUUACUGCCCACUUUGAGGUCCCUGGUGAAAUGUUCUCGUUGGCCAUGGAAGCUAAAAGAAGAGGAAUGGGGGUGGUAGGUUCCACCCAAAACAUAUUAGAUUUUAUAAAGAAUAGGGUACAAGAGGCUUUGGAUAGAAACGUUGAUGACCAUCUUCAGUUUAUAUUGGGGACUGAAUCGGGAAUGGUGACCUCAAUUGUUGCAGCUGUUAGGAAUUUGUUAUGUUCUUCCGAAUCUUCUUCCAGGGAAGGAAAAGUUACGGUUGAAAUAGUUUUUCCAGUGUCUUCGGAUUCAGUGUCAACCACUUCACAAAACUCAUCUUCGGGGCUAGGAUUGGGUAAUGAUAUGAAUGUCUCUGUAAUACCAGGGGUCGCUAGUGGCGAGGGCUGUUCUCUUCACGGUGGCUGUGCAUCCUGUCCAUAUAUGAAGAUGAACUCUCUUACUUCACUCCUGAAAGUGUGUGGCAGCCUACCGCUGGGUAAAGAUGGUCUUACUCGGUAUGAAGCUGGACGAUUUAGUUUGCGUACUCCAAAAGGAAAUUCAAUAGCAGAUGUAGGUUGUGAGCCGAUUCUACAUAUGAGACAUUAUCAGGCGACUAAAAAACUGCCAGAGAAGCUCAUCAAUCAGAUUCUUGGUGCCGGUAAUAAUGGAAGAGCCUCGUAAUUUAGUACAAUAGGGCGCCAAAGGUUUGGAGUCAUCUGCUUUAUCAUAGUGAGGGAUUCGAACUUGUCAGCCAUAAAAAUGGCAAAUUAUGUAGGGAGGAAGAAAGGGAGGGAGAGAGAUAAAAAAAGCUAAUUUGGAGAAAAGUUCCAUUAUACAAAGAUGUGUACAACAAAUUUUUCUAGUGUCUGUCUGUCUGCCCCUGUUGUAUCAUUUUCCAUAACUUAAUGGCCUUAUUUUUACUAGCAGCAGCUUAUAUACAUAAAAAGCAGGCUACAGAAUCAGCAAUUUUUGUCCGUGAUGAAUUUUUAUGAGUGGAUGUUUAAAUGUUUAAUGAA